GGUUCGACCAAUCAUAUUCGAGUGUUUCCCUGGCAUUUCCUGUGUCAGUUGGAAGCAGCGGUGGGAAGGGUAAAGACUGGUGACACACAUCAGAAGUGGUUUCUUGGACCAAACUAAAUUACUGUAUUUGAGCAGCAAUGCAGAGGAGUGAGAUGGAGGAUCCAGUAGCUGAUAGCAGUGCAGAUGAUACAGAGGAGAGCACUGCCGCAUCUGAAAUGACCACCAGCCCUAAAGAAACUGUAACGCAGCCGGACGGCACACCAACCAGCAAUUCUCAGGCAGAAGUGGCAGAGGCUGGAGCGCCUUCUGCUUCCUGUGACAUGGCUGAGGAGCUGAGCAGACAGCUGGAGGACAUCCUCAGCACCUAUUGUCAUGAGGAUGGUGGUGUUGGCAGCGAGGAUGCGGCGGUGACCAACGGCCAGCCUGACGGUGUGGAAGUGAAUGGGCUGUCUGAGAAGGAGGAUAGCAAGCAGGAGGAGCCCAAACUUAAUGGCAAUGGAUGCACGGAGAAGGACCAGAAAAAGCUGCAGGAGAAGAAGAAAAUAAAGGGACUGGGCAAGGAAAUCACCCUUCUAAUGCAGACCCUCAACACAUUGAGCACUCCAGAGGAGAAGCUGGGUGGUCUCUGUAAGAAGUAUGCUGAGCUGCUAGAGGAGCACCGUAAUGCUCAGAAACAGAUGCGGGCUCUGCAAAAGAAGCAGACGCAGCUGAUCCAGGAGAAGGACCACUUAAGAAAUGAGCACAGUAAAGCCAUCCUGGCACGCAGCAAGCUGGAGAGUCUCUGUCGAGAGCUGCAGAGACACAAUCGCACACUUAAGGAGGAUGGUGUGCAACGUGCCCGACUGGAGGAGGAGAAAAGGAAGGAAGUGACCUCACAUUUCCAGGUGACUCUGAACGACAUCCAAGCUCAGAUGGAGCAGCACAACGAGCGUAAUGCAAACCUAAGGCAGGAGAACAUGGAGCUGGCUGACAAACUGAAGAAGCUUAUUGAACAGUACGAGCUCAGAGAGGAGCAUAUUGACAAGGUGUUCAAGCAGAAAGAUCUGCAACAGCAGCUGGUAGAUGCAAAGCUUCAUCAGGCACAGGGGCUGCUUAAGGACUCGGAGGAUCGGCAUCAGAAGGAGAAAGACUUUCUCCUGAAAGAGGCAGCGGAGUCCCAGAGGAUGUAUGAGCUCAUGAAACAGCAGGAAGUCCAUCUGAAACAGCAGCUCUCAUUGUACACAGAAAAGUUUGAAGAGUUUCAGAACACACUUUCCAAAAGCAACGAGGUGUUCACAACAUUCAAACAAGAGAUGGAAAAGAUGACAAAGAAGAUUAAGAAGCUGGAGAAGGAAACAACCAUGUACAGAUCACGAUGGGAAAGUAGUAACAAAGCCCUGCUGGAAAUGGCAGAGGAGAAAACACUACGAGACAAAGAUUUCGAAAGCCUUCAGGUGAAGGUGCAGCGACUGGAAAAGCUCUGUCGCGCAUUACAGAUAGAACGCAACGAGCUGAGUAAGAAGGUUCAGGGCGUCUCCACAGGCGUUGAGAGUAAGCCAGAAACAGAGGCGGGGUCACCAUCAGAAGCCACAGACUCGGAGGAAGGCAGCCCAGUCCAUCAGAACAGCCCAGAGACUCCACAAACCGCCUGUAGCCCGGCGUGCCACUGCACUCCAGAUCUAGAGGCCGAGACUCACAGAGAGGUUUGCUCAGCCCAGGAUUGAGUCUUGCUGUUUCUGGGCGGCCAGGACACACACAAUCCUUCCCGCCUCUACCAGACCCCCGACCCUCCGUCGGCAGUCAGCGUCUGUUGUUCUCUGCAACAGACCCGCUGACUUGGCUGCUAUCGGGGGGUUUCAUUGUGUCAGGGAAGAUUGUGCCUUCAACAUGAUUCCUAUGCUGCGUUUAUACUCUUCGGUUUUUAUGUGGCUUGCUUUAUCCCACCCUAUUCCCGAGAAAACUCCAUAUUUGCAUUUAGAGGGGCGUCUAUGUUGCUGCUGUGUCGGAAUGCUCAGUGUUUGUCCACUAAAUGCUUGUCUCUUUUCAGUUAGGCUGAAAAAACAAAGAAUCUUAACAGGCGGAUUGCUGAAAUGGGUGAAUUUUUUUUUGCCGUGAAACAGCAGUUGUAAGGUGAUGCUAUUUCUUUAGGUGUUUUUAUUUAAUUUUUUUCGCCUUAAGUUGUGGUAUCAGGUAAAAUCUGCUUGUACGUUUUCCACCUUCGGUUUAAGUCCCGCAAAUCAUAGUUUGCACCAGACAACGAAUGUAUGAUUUAUUCAUCUUCACUACUCAGAGUUUAGAAUUGUAGACAUACAGUUAAGACUAACAUUAUUUUUUGAGUUUAAGGUUCAUGUAAUCUGAACCCAGAUUUUCUUAUGCUUUUGCACAACACUUGAAUUUGUCACAUGUAUCUUUUAACUCAAGUUUACACCACUAGCUUCUUUAAUAUAAGUUAAUAUAUCUAGCAUUCCUUUAACAUUCCAUUCACUUCUAAUUCGGAAUGUGCACUUAAAUGAUGUCGUGACCAUUGAGGAGUUCUCAUUCAGUGUGUGAUUGUUAAAUUGUUUCGGAUACUGAUCACAUUACCAUGUGUUUGUCUUACUAAAUGUUUAACAAAUUCAAAAUGUAAAAGCCCAGUUGCAUCAGAUUAAACGGGAAGAUUCAAGUACACUAUGCAAUUCUAGCUCUGUUUAUGUCAUUUCAGUGUCGAGCAUGUGAGCAAAGCACUGACAUGCUGAGAAGUGAAUGUACGUUCCACACAAAGUGACUUAGUUUUGUGAUGUCAGUAAAUUUCAGCACUCUUGAAUUUUUUGGUUCCCUCCAAUACUUUGAGAGCUUAGCAUUUUUUGCCCCUUCAGUACCCUGCUGAGCGGAGUGCAAAAAGUAUUGGUAAAGUGUUGAGCCUAAAGUGCAUCAAGUCAUAGGUUGACCAUGUAAACCCCUCCAUGUUUCAUUGCAGUCAGUCAGCGUUUGUCAGCUGGUAUGUGUGAGGAAAAUCAUACUUUUAUCUUAUUUGCUGGUCAUUCAAAUUUGGCAUUCCCUUUAUAUAAGAAGGUACCAAAGAUCUUUGUUGGUUAUUUUUUUCCCCACACCCUGUAUACAUUUAUUUGAGAAUUAAAAUACUAAGAAAAUUAAAA